GAAGUUGUUCUCUGGGAUCGCCAUGGCAACCACCGCCACCAACACCACGUGCGGCGUCUGCACGACGGGCCCGCGCAAAUACAAGUGCCCGCUCUGCCGACUGCCAUACUGCAGCACCGCGUGCUACAAGGUCCACAAAGAAGUGCCGUGUAUACCGCAAAGCAUCCUUGGACCCUCGGCACCAGCGACUUCAUUCGCCACGGACGGCGCCCCAACGAUCUCUACGUCCAAUGCUAGCGACGAGGACGACGAUAUUCCCCUUCUCACUAGCGAACAACUCGCUGUGCUGUCCAUGUCCGAAAAGGUGAAGAAAGCACUACAAGACCCUGCAACACGAAACAAGAUCAAAGCAGUAUGAUGCUCUCUCGUUUUAUCCAGUUAUGCAAACAGUCAAGCUCAUCCAUCUGUGCGACAGAUCGACGCACACCCCGACCGUCUGAAUGAGCUGCAAAAAGCCCUGGCCGACCCUGCGUUUGCCCGCUUUGUGUAUGGCAUGAUGGACGAGGUAAACAGCGCCGCUGCUGUCAGCACCAAGUAAACACAUUAAUUGACGUAAAGCACCAUACAUCAAUAGUAGGUGGAGUCGUAGCGACAAACUACCCCUCACGGGUCACAACGACCGUACGAAUCGUCUACGUUGCC